GAGAAUUAAUGGAUGUGAUUAUCAUAACCGUGACAAUGAAAUAAAGCUAACUUUUUGUGUUGUAUAUUGAUCUAGUUUCUAAAUCACAUUGUUUGUAUCAUUUACAUAUCUACAUUUUUCUGUCUCUUCCUAACCAAGUUUGCUUGUCUCUUCAAGACACAUCUAGGUGGAAUUGAGAAUGGAAAAUGAUCAAGUUACAAGCAAGGAGAUGAAAGUUGAGAUUCCAUCAAAGAGUGAAGUGAUGGCAAGUAGUGUUGGAGGUUCUAAUGUGGGACAAGGUGGACUUAUGAGACAACCUAGUAUGACCAAAACUAGUUGUCUAUGUUCACCAACAACACAUCCUGGUUCAUUUCGUUGUAGGCUUCAUCGUACUCCUAGUCUCCAAAGGACCAAGAGUAUGGAACCAGGAUCGGUGUCUGAUCAGGAUCAACAUUAGGUCACAGUUCUAUGGUUGAUGCUGACAAGGAUCAGAUGGAAUAAUCUUCUAUU